UCCAUAUUUCUGUACAUUUUAUAAACAGUGAAAAUUUCAGUGUUUUUAAAUAUAAUCUACUUUUACAAAAUGGCUUUACAAAACAGUAUCUUUAAAAUUGAAGACUUAUGUCGAACAUGUUUAUCAAAAGAAAUUGAAAUGCUUUCUGUUUUCGAAAUACGCUUGGGAACUAUCACAUUGGACAGCAUAAUCGCAUCAAUUACAGGAAUAAAGAUUGAACAUGGUGAUGGGCUACCAUCAACAAUAUGUAACAUGUGUAAGGAAAAGGCAACCAAUGCUUAUGAAUUCAAAGCCCGCACGCAAGAAGCUGAUAUCCAAUUAAGAGGUCUUUUAAAAAGAGAAAAUACUGCACAAAUGAAUAAUGAUAAUAGUCUAGCAUUUGAGUCAGAGGCAGUCGAAGUGAAGACUGAACAGUUUGCAAGAGAAAAUCACGAUGACUACAUGGACAUAGAUCUCUCUCUGGCUCUUUCUAAUGUUUCCGAGACUUUUAAUAAUGUAGAUACGGUUAAAAAUGAAGCAGAAGAUCACUGUAAAGAUAUAUUUACGGCUCAGCCAACUCAAAAUGAAAAUUUAAUUAGUGGUAUUAAGAAAAAAAGUUUUAUUAUAGAUGGUAAUGAAACGGACAGCACAUAUUGCCCUGUCUGCGGUUCCAGUUUCCACGAUGCUGAAGGCCUUACGAAGCACGCCUGGGAGCAACACGCUGACCUCAUGGGACCAAAAAAACGAGGUCGCCCUAAGAAGCUACUCACCAGCACGAUACUCAAUAAAUUGUCUGAAAAUGGAUACAAUUUGAAAUACUUGCCGGAUCAAAAGCACAGUUGCGUAUUUUGUAAAGAGGAUUUCAAAACGAAAGAUGACUUAGUGACACACCUCGUACAACACAAAGAUGUAAAAGUAUUGAAUUGUCUGCUGUGUAAGAAGAUUUAUCUUGAGAUGAAAGAUUUCGAUCGUCACAAUUGCGUGCAAACAUCAGACGAAUUAAAUAAUUUAAAACCAGCUGAACCUCCAGAUGUACCAAAAGAAGAGCGAAAGGUCAACCUGUCUACUGAAGUGUUGUUGCAAGAUCUACUGAUGACUAACAGAGAUGCUGAGUCUGGAGGCAUUGAUUUGUGUGAGGAGUGUGGAGCUGUAUUCAUAUCCAGCGUCGAGCUUGGCAAGCAUCGUGAUCGAGAACACCCCGAACUCUCCUCGCGAUGCCAUCUCUGUGAUAAGGUAUUCGCUACUGUGAAGAGCGCGGCUCGUCACAGAGCGGUGUGCGCACGAGUUGAACGUUCAUUCGCAUGCGCGUCGUGCGGGCUGCGUUUCGCGCACGAAGUUUCACUCAAUAAGCACAUAUUGCGCGCACAUACGGGUCAGAGUGUGUCCGUACGUUUCAUGGACCGCGACAGAGCACCGCCGCAGCACAGAUGCGAUACUUGCAAUAGACGCUUUUACAGAAAAGAUUUGCUAGCAAGACAUGCGAAGAUACACAAGUCUAUAGAGAAAUGUUUCGAGUGCGACGUCUGCAAUAAGAAGUUCCACAGACGAGACAAUCUGAGGGCACAUAUGCGCGUCCACGAGAGUACCGGCGCAGGUGUAGAUGGAACGAGCAGCAGUGCCAGCCUGUGCCUGUACUGCGGUCGAAGUUUCUCGAAUUCCUCGAACCUCAUUGUGCACAUGCGCAGGCACACCGGCGAGAAACCAUAUAAAUGUGAUUUUUGCGGGAAAGGUUUUCCUCGUUCGUCUGACUUGCAAUGCCAUCGUCGCUCGCACACUGGAGAGAAACCCUGCAUAUGCGGCGUCUGUGGCAAAGCGUUUGCACGCAGUAAUAAACUGUCACGUCACAUGCGCGUACACACGGGUAUGAAGCCCUACAAGUGCCCGUACUGCGAGAAGGCCUUCUCCCAAAGCAACGACCUCAAACUACACGUGCGGAGACACACGGGCGAUAAGCCCUAUGUAUGCGAACUGUGCGGAGACCGUUUCAUACAGGGGACAGCUCUACACAACCACAGACGUGCGCACGGACAUUUCCCGACUGCGUCUGCGCCGCCACUCGCGCCCAUUGUCUACACUGUUCAGAGCAUCACACAGACGCAUUGAUCAUUAUUCAUUUAUUGUCAUUAGCUUUGUUAGCAAUUAUACAGACUAUAUAUCGGUCGAUGAUAUAUCUUCGAUAACGGUAUAUUUUAUUUCAGUUCAUUAGCUUACAAAUUAAAAAAAAAAAAUUAGUUUAACUGUUGCUUGUUUCAAUAACCAUGAAUGAUGAUUGUUGCAUUCGUUCAGUGUUUUCUCAUUUUUGUUAUUUGUAUAUAGUAAGUUGAAAAUAUUAUUGAUACCAUUUUGUUAAUAAUAUUUUGAUAUGCUUGUAUAUAUCAAAUACAACUACGUUAUACACGUAUUUUUUAAUUCUAUUUUACUGCCAGUGGUGAAGUAAAGUCUUCUACGCCCAGAUGGUUAGCCCGCCUAAGUUGGGAGGUUCUCGGGAUUCGGGGUACUGUAGCCCCAGCGACUCUUACGGCGGGGGGAGAUGUGUACAUAGCGUCGAUUGCCUCCUCUCAGGUCUUUGGCGGAGAGGGUCACUAGCUUCCACCAGGAACCGGUGCUCUUCCGCGAGCAUAUACACGUGUCUGGAACGGGGAAAGGCUCCCCAACCAGGCGCAGAAAAAGCUGCGGCAGCAUCGUUUACGUCACGGGGGCGCCGUAGGUGUGGAAUUUUCCUCGCACCACCACAAUUCCGUGGAUGCUCUUUGGCCACAGUAAGGUCGAUCCCCCACUCCACCAUGGACAGCAGCAAUAGGUCCUGAGCUCCGGCGCAGUAGUUGAUAUUCGUCUGAAGGCAUACUGAUGAGACUGAGGAGGAAUAAGAGCUUCCUCAGUGUGGCGCCAUCCGACGUUGGUGGCAAUCUGGAUGCCUAAGACUAUCUAACCCUCCGUGAUAAACUCCGUCACCUUAAUAUCCAUCUUUUAUGCGGCGGACAUUUUCCUGGAUCAUCGAGGGCAGAAUCGUCUCAAGCGGUGCCGGUGGAGCAAAUGGUGGCAUCCACUUAGAUGCGGGUGCUGGUUUUGAUGGUGGAGCCGGGCGCGCAGCAUAUACGCACAGGCGGCCUCCAGUGCGUAUAUCGGUACAGUUUGUUGCAUCGAUUUCCGUCUCCUAUCCGCAGCUAACGGAGGGCGGUGCACCUUCGCAGGCCGGAGGAUCAGUCCAGCCGAUCGGGCGUUAAUCAUAACGCCGACUAACGAGACUAGAGUCCACCGUAGUCCGAAUCUCCGCGAACUCCCGGCGGUAAGCUUUUAAAUCGGCCUUGAGGCUUUCAAACACCACUAUCGGCACGGAAAUUUCGCCUCUUCUCCACUGUCCACAAAGGCUGGCUAAAGCCCCACCAUCUAGUAAAGUUUAAAGAUUCAUUGAAAUUUAAAUGCAUAUAAACAUGUCUCUUUGCACUUAGGGAAAGCGAAACACUUUUGUCCAGCAAACAAUAUUAACGGAUGUCUUAUGUUACUAAGAAAAAUAAUGUUUUAUUUAUAUUCUUGUAUUAGACAGAUUUUUCAAAAUCACAAACAAAAUGUUUCGUUCGACUGUAGUGCUUGUUAUCUUUAACUGCAAAAAAUCCAAAUGACGUUUUAAGUAUUAAAUCGACGCUAUCAAAGGUAUUUUCUUUUAUGUAUAAGAUAACGAUUCCUUGUUAAAUCUAGUCUAAAUCUGAUGAAUUAAUUUUAUUAGGUCUAACAUAUUGUAGCUAUGAUAUAAUAUUUUAUUGUAUUACAUCACAAGUUUUGUGUAAAUAAGCUAUUUAUAGUUUAACAUUUAUGUAUUUUACUUAAGUGAUAUAUAUAUAUACGUGACA